CGUCGGGGGAGGGCGCGUGGCAGGGCCGUCCGGACGAGCAGUGGCGCAGUGCCGUGCGACGGGGGGAAGGCGCCGGAGUUGGCGACUAUGAUCGCGCCGCAGACGGAGCUGCUGAACUCUCUGGCCCGCGACCUGGACCACAUGCUGCUGGACCUGUGUCAUGACCCCGGCGCAGGUCACACCGGCAACAGCGGCGCCCAGCAGGCCAGGAUGCCUUCUCAGACGGACUCGGUGGUCGCCUCUCCGGACGCAGCGGCCACACAGAAGCUGCUCCAGCUGAACAACAACAAGAAUCAGGAGGACAGCCCCAUGUCGACGUCUUGCAGUGAGCUGGAGCCGGGGCCGCCGGCCGAGAUGAGCCUCACCGAGCGCCUCAUUCGUUCGCUGCCCAUCUGGUUCCUGCCGGGCAUCCACAGAGCCGGCGCCGAACACCUGCUGCAGGGCAAGCCUCCUGGGACGUUCAUCGUGCGCGAGUCGAGCAAGCCCUCGACCAUGGCAUUGUCUGUGCGCCUGCCGGCCGGCCGCGGCCCGCACGUGGAGCACUUCCUCAUCGAGAAGCAAGAGGGCAAGCUCAGCCUCGAGUCGUCCGAUAACCGCUUCGACAACAUCUCCAGCCUGGUGGCCUGCUACAGCUCCCGCUGCGACGAACUGCCCGUGCAGCUGCGCCUGCCCGACAGUCUGCAGAAGGCCGAGUCGCGUCACCAGCUGUCCUCGCGCGCCCUGCUCGGACAAGAAUUCUGGCAGUCGCGCUUGGCGAACAGCCCGUCAGGUGGCAGCACAGGCGCGGGUGGCAGCACGCAGUCGUCGACGGCGAGCAGCCUCAACAAGCCGAGCGGCGGCCACGGCAGCCAAUCGAGCCUGGGCAGCCUGGGCAGUCCGCCGGGCGCCCUGCAGCCGCCGCACACCGAGACGCUCACCAGCCAGUCGAGUCAGGGCAGCUCCAGCGGGCCCGCACAGACGGGCGGCGGCCAGGUGCGCAGUGAGGUGACCAUGCUGAUCGGCGGCCAGGGCGUCGGCCGCCAGGUGCGCAGCGCCUCCAACACGCCGGUACGCGAGUUGGCGCCGGCGCCGGGCGGCGCGGCCUGGCGUCAGCCGGCCUCGCCCGUCACAACGCCCGCCUCCUGCGACGACGACGUGCUGCUGACGGGCGCGCCGCGCGCCAGCCGCCGGCGCGGCCGCAAGAAGCGUUCCACUCACUACCAGGAGGCCGACAUCCUGGAGCUGCCGGCCAGCUACUGCCGCAGCUCUGUGGCCGACAAGAUCUCGGACUACGAGGACAUUUGGGCGUCGCCACCGCGCGAACUGCAGCCGGAGAGCACGUUCAAGCCCCGCACGGCCGCUCGCUCCAUGAAUGACCUGAGCGACGCCGCUCGCGGCGCUGCCGAGCCGCCGGCCGCCGCCAGCGACCGGACGGCGCUGCGCCUCGAGCUCGGCCCCGCGGCGCACCGCCACUCGGAGCCCAACAUCCGCUGGGAGCCGCCGGGCCGCGGCCGCCGGCCGCCGCUCGAAACCAUCGACUCCAGCGACGAGCUGCCGCCGCUCUCCAGCAGCGUCGACAACCUGACGUCGACGCCGCGCCGCCUGCGCGCCGGCGCGCGCUCGCAGAGCUCGCAUGGCAUCGCUGAAUCGCGCCGGUCACGGCCGCGCCGCGCCUCGCGCCAGCAGCCGUGGCGUGGCGACGCCGCCUGGGCGUCCGCCGGCGCCGACAACGAGGGCUUCGAGGCGGACACGGAGGCCGAGCUGGAGGACGCCGUGCAACUGCGCCGGCCGCCGCCAGAGGCGCGCAACACGGCCCUGAGGCUCUCCGAGUCAACAGAGGAGCAGUCGGAGGCGGCGGCGCCGCCGGCCUUCUCCAAGGAGGAGGAAAGUCGUAUCGUGCAGGCCUACGUGCGGCAGAGUUUGACGCAGAUGGCGGCGCCGGCGGCGACCGCGCCCGAACCCUCCGACUCGCACGCGUCCGACUAUGACAACGUGCGGCCGGCGGGCGAGCCGGCGGCGGCGGCGGCGGCGGCGGCGGCGACAACGACGACGCAGGACGACCCGACCGAAGCCACCAAGUGGCAGUCGAUUAUGCGACUAAUGACCGACCAGAUGCGGCUGCGCACCGGCCAGUUCGACGAGCCGCCCGCCGACGACCGCUUUUUCACCGACUCCGAGUCGUUCGUGCACGUGUGCCAGGAGGCGGCCAUGACGGACGACGACACGGCUGCGUCGGAGGGCACGGCCGCCCGGCUGUACCCGCAGCGGCUGCCGCUGCCACGGGCCCCACAGGAGUCGCUCUACUCUCCUCCUCGGCUGAACUCCCUCCGCCUUCACCGGAGGAGUCAGCAGUCGGGUGGCGCCAUCAAGCAGUACGUGCUGCAGCUGGCGGCCGACAGCGCCAACACCUUCUCGUUGAACGUGCUCAAGUUUCUGCAGUGCACACGGGAGGCGACGGAGACCGAUCCACACGUGGUCAUGAGAAACACGCGCCAGUUUGUCAAUGGCAUGAAGAACUACUUGGUGAAGAAUGGCGAGGGUGAUUUUCACCAGAUCGUCAACCAGGAAAGGGACAAGCUGUCGUCCACUGAGUUCCUGAACCUGGACGUGAUCCUGGAGGGUGUGCUGGAGGAGUUGCUGGUGCGACCCUUGUACGACCACAUCAGCCAGCUGGCGGCGGAGGAUGCGCGCCGCAGUGGCGCCGUCCAGCGACUGGCUGAGAACCUUGAGUUCGCUCGCGGCCGCUCGGCGUCCUCGCUGGGGCUGAAGUCGGAGCGUCCGCCGCCGUCCGCCGCCGCACUGGAGAUGAUUCGUCGUUCGGCGGUUGAGAUGCAGGCCGCCAUCAGCCCGCUGGACAAGCUGGAGCACCUGCUGGCGGUGAUAUCAGCGCUGUUCGCCGCCGCCGGCGCCAAAGAUGCCUCCCUGCCGGCCGACGAGUUUUUGCCGCUGCUGAUCUUCACGCUCGCUCACUGCCACGCCACCACCAUAGAGUUUGAGGCCGACUACAUGUGGGGCCUGCUGCACCCUAUGUUGCUAAACGGCGAGGCCGGCUACUACCUGACCAUGCUGUCCUCGGCCGUGCACGUGCUGAAGAACCUGCAGCACUACCUGGAGGACCGGUCGCGCGAGUCCACCAGGAGCCUGUCACACUGUUCUGGCUCGUGCAGCGGCGCUGACUCGGUGGACGGCCUGCUGCGAGUCAUCAUCCCUGACGAGCAGCAGGGCACCAUCAUCAGUCGCACACUGCCGGCGCGGCCCAACACGAGCGCCCGAGACAUCUGCAAGAUGCUCGGCAACAAGCUGCGUAUCACCAGUCCCAUCGAUUACGGUCUCUUCAAACUCAUCAACGGCAACGAGACCCUGCUCGGCGACCAGGAGUGUCCGCAGCUGCUCAAGCAGGAGCUGACCGCCAGCGGAACGCACUGUAUGCUCGCCUAACGGCUCGAGGCCAAGAUCGCCUGGCCCACGGCGCAGCUCUGAGUGACGUCACGAUGGUGGCCCGCGGCGGCGUCACGGCUCCGCGCGGCCUGGAGUGGCGUCACUGUGCGUCCGAGGCGCGCCCUCGUGUGUGUGUGCGUAUCGUCAGUGGUUCUUUUUGUACUCAGUUUUACACUUGGCGUGCGUCAGCGGCGCUCUCGUGACUAGAUUUGGUCUGCGCCGGUGUAGCGCUCCGUCUCGCAGUGGACAGCGCCAGUACGGCGCUCGCUCGG